UCUAUCAUAUCUAGUUAAAUUAUACUAUAUCUUGCAUUAGUUGAUUAAACAAGUGUUGCUUUUAUACAAAUUAGAAAAAUGGAAACGAUUCUAGAACAACAACGACGUUAUCACGAAGAAAGGGAAAGAUUAAUGGAUGCAAUGGUCAAAGAAAUGCUUUACAAAAAACCAGGACAUAGAGAAAGUAUAAAUUCAGAACAUCGGUUAAAAAUGUUACUUGAUCAGUAUAUGGAUAGUACUUCGCAUUUACAGGAUUUAUAUGAAGAUAAAGAUGGUCAAAGAAAAGAAGAAGUACAAGCACUUUCUGGGCCAAAUGAAUUUUCCGAAUUUUAUUCCAGAUUGAAAUCUAUAAAAGAUUUCUAUCGUCGACAUCCUAAUGAAAUAAGUAUUCCAAUGUCUGUAGAAUUUGAGGAACUAGCUAAAAUGAGGGAAAACCCAACAGAGGAACUUUCAAAUCUUGUUGAAUUUACAGAUGAAGAAGGUUAUGGCAAAUAUCUUGAUCUUCAUGAAUGUUAUGAAAAAUAUAUAAAUCUUAAAGGAAUAGAAAAAAUAGAUUAUAUUACAUAUUUAUCAACUUUUGAUCAUUUGUUUGAUAUACCAAGAGAAAGGAAAAAUGCUGAAUAUCAAAAGUAUGUGGAAUCUUUAUUAGAAUAUUUGAUUGAUUAUUUAAGUAGAGUUAGACCUUUACUUGAUAUAAAUGCAGAAUUGGAGGAAGCAAGCAAACAAUUUGAAACAGAAUGGGAAAAUAGUACAUUUCCAGGAUGGCCAAAAGAAACUGGUAGUGCUUUAACUCAUGUAGGUGCUCAUUUAGAACUUUCUGCUUUUUCUUCAUGGGAAGAGCUUGCAUCUCUUGGUUUAGACAGAUUAAAAUCAGCAUUAAUGGCUUUGGGUUUAAAAUGUGGUGGUACAUUAGAAGAAAGAGCUCAAAGACUUUUUAGUACAAAAGGAGAAGCAUCUUUGGAUCCAAAUUUAUUAGCUAAAAGUAGUAAAAAUAGAAAAUCUGGAAAGGGAAGAAAUUCUGAAAAGCAAAAAGAAAUUGCAUAUUUAGAAUCUCAUGUAUAUAAACUUGCAGAAUUGGUAUCAACUCAACGUGUAGCCACAAAAGAAAAUGUUCAAAGAAAACAAGCCAGAACAGAAGGUGAGAGAGGAGAUUCUGAUGCUGAAGCUAGUGCUAGUGAAUCAGAAGAAGAAGAUGAUAACGAAGUUCCUUAUAAUCCCAAAAAUCUUCCUCUUGGUUGGGAUGGCAAACCAAUACCAUAUUGGUUAUAUAAAUUACAUGGCUUGAAUAUUAGUUAUAAUUGUGAAAUAUGUGGAAAUUUUACAUAUAAAGGACCAAAAGCUUUUCAAAGACAUUUUGCAGAAUGGAGACACGCACAUGGUAUGCGUUGUCUUGGUAUUCCAAAUACUGCACAUUUUGCCAAUGUGACACAAAUAGAAGAUGCCUUAGCUUUAUGGGAAAAAUUAAAAGCUCAGAAACAAGCAGAACGUUGGCAACCAGAACAAGAAGAAGAAUUUGAAGAUUCUCUUGGAAAUGUUGUUAAUCGUAAAACAUAUGAGGAUUUAAAAAGACAAGGUCUAUUAUAGAUAUAUUUUUAUCAUAUUACAAAGUGUCAUACAUUUCAUUUAUAUACUUAAUAUCUGCCUAUUAUUUAUAUUAUCUGUAAUAUCAUAAAUAAUAAAAAUUAUUUAUAUAAAUUCUAA